AACCUCACCGAGAUCACGUACUUUACGUUUUCACUUAUUUACUACGCGCACUUUACUUUCGACACUAGCAACUACUCGCUGCUGCACUUGAUUGUUCACUUAUUAUUUACACACGGUAUAAAAAGGACGGAGAUUUUCACUGCGAUGUGUGGAGGGACCUGCGAUGCUUUCGGAUGCGAGUCUUGCGCCAAGUCCUUAGUAGCCGCGAAGCAUGGAUGGAUCGAGUGCAUGUCUACCACUUUUCCAGGCAAGGUUUACUACUUUCACAUGAGUACGCGAUGCUCUACGUGGCAACGACCCGUUCCGCGCAACGUCACGCUUCCGCGUUACAAAAAAUUUCGGGAAUAUAACGCGACCGAUUCGCCGAGCAACGAUGAGGUCCUUCCGUCAGGAUUAGCGAUGUCGAGUACCAAGCAUUCGAUUUUCUCCGGUGCACCUCCGUCGGAGUUCGAAAUGCACGCUCGUAGGAUGCAGAUAUAUCUUCAGAAAAACACCGAUCAUUGCAGCGACGGGGCGCUGCGAGAAAAACUGAUCGAAUGCUACAAGAACGCAAAAGCCGAGCUUGCCAAAAAAUUGGACCAUAAGCGAAGGACGCAGAAGCCGAGGAGCGUCGCUGAGAAGCCGAAGAUGCAGCCGAGGACCCCUCAGGCUCCUGUAAAAACGAUCCGCGAAUGUAAUGGGAUAAAAACGAUCAGCUACGAUCACGUGCCCCGGGAAUUACCGGCUGGUGCAAAAUGUUGCGAUCUGAGCGAGACCACAUCCGAUUCGAACGCUUUCCUCGCUCCGCGCUGUGAACGAUCAUCGGUAACCGACAAAAGUCUAAUCGCACCCGGUCAAGGUCGAGACGAGGAUGGUAUAUCUGGUCGCGAUCGCCGCUUCGUCGGUUUAACUUUCAAGGAUUUGAAUUUAAGCGAUACGGAGAACACCGAGAGCGGAUUCGGAUCUGCGUAGUAGGCUGCUCGGUUUUCGAACUGUUCACUUGCAAAUUCGAUCGGAAUAUUCCUAUACCUGCGUACAUGCAACAUUUUCCCGGUAAAAAAAUAGCGGACUCACGUGAUACUAGGAUGUAAGAAUUAUCAUAUUAAAACGAUCUGCAGGUAUCAGAUUGAAGAAACCUUUCGCACUAGGUUCUAUACCCUAGAGAUACUUACUACACGUACAUGCCAGUUGUAUGAGAUAUU